AUGGAGUUCAGCAGGUCUUAUUUGCCUUUAGAAUGGGAGGAAAAAUGGAGGAGGGAGAAGGAACGUUUGAAAAGAGUGGUAGAAGAAGGAGGAGAGGGUGCAGAGAGGAACAAGCAAGAGCUAAGACGAAUAGUGGCCUACAAUGACUCGAAGAUGGGACUGUCCAGUGCCAGGAGAAACAGUGCUAGCUCCGAACAAGUUCAUGAAGAUGAAUUUGACGAUAAAACUCUUAAUUAUAGCAUCCAAAAUUACCCAUGUGAUGUAUUUGGGAUUUUGAACCAUUUCUGGAGGACAGGAAUUCUUACUGACUUCAUUUUGGUGUUGGAAAAUGGACAAAAUUACCAAGUGCAUACCGCUGUACUUGCUGCUGUCAGCUUAUUUGUGCGCAAUAGACUUCCUAAAGAGAAAACUAUACAUUGCUGGACUUUAAAUUUGGGUUCUGAAGUGGAUAACAUUGGACUACAAGCUGUUCUGGAGUUUGCGUACACUGGUGUAAUCUUGUAUUUGAAUGAGGAAAAUGUAGAAUCUGUUAUUGCUGCAGCUAAAGUCAUGGAAGUACAGAGAGUACUGGAGAUUUGUGGUAAAAAGACAACAAAAAGUGAGCAGCAAGAUGGAAGCCAAGAAGGAGAAGAGUUGAAGAAGACCCUAGAAGAGAUUUAUCAGCUCAGUGGUGAACAAGUGGGCUGUGAUGUUGUACUAGACAUCAAUGGAGUUUUCUGUCAUGUGCACAAAGUGAUCCUGGCUACCAGCAGUGACUUCUUUCGUGGGAUGUUCACCAGUGGAAUGAGGGAAUCCAGUCAAAGUUGCAUUGCUCUUCCUUUCCUGUUUGCUCCAGAACUUGAGGCCCUCAUUGCCUGCGCCUACACCGGACAGCUCCACCUGAACUGGGACUGCGUCUUUGAAAUCGCCUGCACUGCACUCCAGCUUCAAUUUUCACCAGCUUUGUCUUUAUGUUUAAAAUUCAUGCAUGAACAAAUUGACACUAACUCUUGCUUGGAUCUCAUCUCUUUUGCUGAGGCGUAUGGCAUGACCGAGUUACUUGACCACGCUACAGAUUUUGUUUUAAGGAAUUUCUGGGAAGUGUCUGAAACUGCAAAAUUUCUCGAUCUUUCUGCAGAACAACUUGUUGAUUUUCUAAAAUGUGACGGUUUGUGCGCACCUUCAGAGCUAACAGUAUUUCGCGCGGUAAUUUCUUGGAUUGAAGCUAGCCCAGAGGAGAGACUAAGCCAAGCCAGCUUACUUAUGUCCAGCGUUCGUUUUCCUUUGAUGACAUUUAGGGAGUUUCGUGAAGUUCGAGCGAUCAACUUGCGAAUGGAGUGUGCUCAAAAUAGCAAAGAAGUUGAAUUGUACCUAGCUGCACUGAAAGAAUUUGGGAACCAGGACACAGAAGCAAAAUGCAGAGUUCGAAAGCCCAAAAAUGCAUUGGUUGUAGUGGGAGGCGACCAGUUAAAUCCAGAUAUGGGGCAGCAGAUUGCUAGCAGAGAAGUAUGGUUUGCUAACUGUCUUCGAAGCGGCACAGGGCUAGUUAAAGACAUUGAGUGGAGAAAACUCGGAGAGAUUCCGGAUCAGGCAAAGUUUAGGCACGGUGUUGCGUCCAUGGGAGAAAAACUCUAUGUGAUCGGUGGAUGCUACUUUUACACUAAAGAGGACAUCAUGAAAUCAGCCUACAGAUAUGAUCCUGAGCAGAACAGUUGGAGAAGACUGGCAGACAUGAAUGAGUUUAGAAGUAAUUUCUCUCUAAUCGCAAAUGAAGGACGACUGUUUGCGAUUGGUGGAGACAAGGAGAUCAACACUAAUGUGGACUCAGUGGAGGUGUACAACCCAGACACUGACAGCUGGAGUUUUGUGCAUCCACUGAAACAGAACCUGAGUGGUCAAGCUGCUGCUGUCUGUAAUGGUGCCAUAUUUAUUUCCGGAGGCUUCAACUGCAAAUAUGAAUGCCUUGUGUCACUGUUCAUGUACCAUCCUGCAGGGGGCUCCACCUACCUGUCCGACAUGACCUUUGACCACGCUCUGCACUCCAUGGAGGUGCUCCGUGGGUGCCUCUAUGUCGCCGGAGGAGUUUGCAAUCUGCGAAAAUUUUACACCGACCAACUUGUGUGUGAAAUCUACUCUCCGCGCACUGAUUCCUGGAGUGUUUUUGAGAAUUUGCCUGUUGCACAUGUUGGAGCGCCCUCUGUAGUUUUGGAGGAUAAACUGUAUAUUUUAGGGGGGUAUUGUCAGGAGGAUUACAGUGAAUCCGGGCUAGUGCAUCGUUUUGACCCCACUAUGAAUAGAUGGGAGAAUAUGGGUCGGCUUCCAGGAGCUGUGACAGACAUCAGAGCAUGUUUAAUACCUCUACCAAACCAUUUAAGGCAGUAAAAUGUUUUUGUUUUGGGUUUUUUUUGCAUUAUUUGUAUGAGGUCAGAGACUAGAAUAUUUGUGUGGAUACAAAUAACUGAGGAGGCUGAGUGCCAUUUGCAGUAAAGU